AGGUUAAACGGGUCAAACUUGAGGUCUUGCGAGACGACAAAAGUCGCCAAGUAUCACAUCGCCAUUUCCCUGCCGGGGUGAAGUCGAACGUGGAAGAUGUCUUAAUUUGCCAUAUAUCCACUGACUCUUGGUAUUGUUGUCCUCUCCUUGCAACACAGUUGUGA